AUGGAUCUCGCCGCACCCGCGGGCCUCUCGCAGCGAGGCGACAAGAAUGCCGCCGUUGUCAAUGGCUCCCUCAAGAACCUCCUGGAGAUUUUUCGCGAUCAGUACGAUCCAAAGACGAAUCCCUCUGGCAUCGUCAUCGUGGGCGUGGCGGACAACUCGCUGAUGCGCAAAGAGGUUCUCCGAUGGAUCAAUUCCGAUAGAUUGAAGCUACAGCCCGCCGAACUCACCUACGGAGACCGCAUCUUCUCGAGCACUCGCCUCGUCAACGCGCUAUGCUCGCUCUUCAACGAAGUGCCCAUGGGUCUCGACACAGAAAAGCCUAAGCUCAUCAAGCAAGUCGUACCGGAUGACAUCGUCGUGGGCAGUGGGGCUACAGGUAUCCUUGACGCCCUCUUCACAGUCCUCUGCAACCCGGGAGAUGGCGUCUUGCUCAGCGUCCCCUCGUACAAUGGCUUCGACCACGACUUGACUGCUCGUGCCGAGGCCAAAAUCAUCGAGGUCCACACGCCGCUGCCCGAGGCCUACGACCCCGCGCACAAGCCUCAGCAGCCAUCGCGAGCAUUCACGCCGGACACCGUCAAGGCGUACGAGGACGCACUCGCUCAGGCACGCAAAGACGGCGUCAAAGUAACGUCGAUCCUCGUCUGCAACCCGCACAACCCCACGGGGCUAGUUUACCCUCGCGAAACGCUCGUCGCCCUCGCAAAGCUUGCGGCAAAGGAGUCGCUUCACCUCGUCGUCGACGAGAUCUACGCUCGAUCUGUAUUCUCGUCGCCUGACAUCUCAGACGCCGACGCCACUCGUUUCCACUCGAUCCUCACCGUCGAUGUCGAAAAGGAGGCAAGUCUGCCCCGCGCAAACGUCCACGUCGUUUCGUCCAUCUCCAAGGACUUUGGCGCCAAUGGCUUCCGACUGGGCGUCUACGUCAACCAAGGAGGCCAAGAUGUAGUGGCUGCUAUGUCCUCACUCGGCAUCCUCUCGCAAAGCAGCUCGCCAGCGGGCGCGCUUUGGUACCUGUGGCUUGAGGACCGAGCCAAGGGCGGCUUCCUGCCCUACUUUUUCGCAGAAAACCACCGCCGCAUGACCAUCGCCUACCGCUACCUCACCCAGUGGGCUCAGCGUCAGGGGAUCGGCUACGUGGCCGCCAACUCGGGUCACUUUGUCAUGCUCGACUUGCGGCCCUACCUCGGCGUCAAGGGCGGUGACGACGGCGACGACGCGGCACGCAAGGCCGAGACGGACCUCUCGCAGCGCUUCAUAGAUGCUCGAGUGUUUGUGGCCCCUGGCGCGCAGUAUCACCACCCUCAGCCGGGAUGGUUCCGCUUCACCUUCUCUCUCGAGCUCGGCGCCGUCCGCGUGGGUCUGCAGAGGAUGGAAAAGGUGCUUGGCCUCGAAUCACAGACGGAAGCGGCGCCCGACGUCGAGCGUGACGCCAUCCCGCUGCCACCCAGUCUUCAAGCCGUAGUCAACCAAGACCUCGGCGCAGAGCGGUAA